AUGGCAACCGCAGUCUGUCUCCUCAUCUUGGUGGUAUUCCUUACAGAUUCUGUCUGGACUCGAACUGUGAGACAGGUCUAUGAGGUCCAUGAUCCAGAGGAUUUUAAUGAGCAAGACUUUGAUUGCCCCAGGGAAUGUUUCUGUCCCCCCAGUUUUCCUACUGCUUUAUACUGCGAAAAUCGUGGCCUCAAAGAAAUCCCUGCUAUUCCUUCAAGGAUCUGGUAUCUCUAUCUUGAAAACAACCUGAUAGAAACCAUUCCUGAGAAGCCAUUUGAGAACGCCACCCAGCUGAGAUGGAUCAAUCUAAACAAGAACAAAAUCACCAACGAUGGCAUUGAAAGAGGAGCCCUGAGCCAACUAAAGAAGCUGCUCUUCUUAUUUCUGGAAGAUAAUGAGCUAGAGGAGGUUCCUUCUCCAUUACCCAGAAGUUUAGAGCAAUUACAAUUAGCUAGAAACAAGGUGUCCAGAAUUCCUCAAGGGACCUUUAGCAAUCUGGAGAACCUGACCCUUCUUGACUUGCAACACAACAAACUCUUAGACAACGCCUUUCAGAGAGACACCUUUAAGGGACUGAAGAACCUCAUGCAGCUAAACAUGGCCAAGAAUGCCCUGAGGAAUAUGCCACCAAGAUUGCCAGCCAACACAAUGCAGCUGUUUUUAGACAACAAUUCCAUUGAGGGAAUACCAGAAAAUUAUUUUAAUGUGAUUCCUAAAGUAGCCUUCUUGAGACUAAACCACAACAAGUUAUCAGAUUCAGGUCUCCCUUCCGGUGGUUUUGAUGUGUCAUCCAUUCUAGAUCUCCAGCUCUCUCACAAUCGGCUCACAAAGGUCCCCCGAAUCAGUGCUCACCUGCAGCACCUGCACCUGGACCAUAACAAAAUUACAAAUGUGAACGUCUCUGUAAUAUGUCCUACCACUUCCACACUGCCUGCAGACCAAGAUUCCUUCAGUUAUGGACCUCAUCUGAGCUACCUUCGUCUGGAUGGAAAUGAAAUCAAACCACCAGUCCCAAUGGAUUUAAUGAAUUGUUUUAGGCUCCUGCAGACUCUCAUUAUCUAA